AUGAUUAUCAGAGGCUCACAAUACUACAACGAUACGGUUUCGGCCAUUAAAGCCUAUCAGCGAAAAGCCGACUCAAGCGCCAACUGGCCUACCUGGUCUCUGCCCCGGGAUGCUCGGAACAACUCGAUAACUUUCGAGGAGGAAGAGGCCGGCAGAAUCGAUCUGCUGCAUUGUGAUCCGCUCGUCAUAGAUCUCGUCAUACGAGAUCUAGAGGUCGCAAGAGUUCUCAUUGAUACUCUCAAAAGGAUGAACGUCGAACUCGGAGCAGUCAUACCAACGCCAAAACCGUUGACAUGCUUCUCAGUGGAGACGUUAAUGACUUUCGGAUCGAUCCAGCAGCAAGUCAUGGCCAGGGAAGUCACAAUGAUCAUCGACUUCACGGUAGUCGACCAUCCCGCUAUCUAUGACAUGAUCAUGGGAACUCCAUGGAUAAACGCCAUCAAAGCCGUCCCAUCUACAUAUUACCUCAAAUUCCCAACCCAAAAUGGAAUUGCAGCCAUCUGGGGUUGUCAGAAGCAGUCGCGACUUUACUUCCUCACGGAACAUAAGAUAAGACAAGCUACGACUACCGCAAUGACAAAACGCAAGUGCACGAAGAUAACUCAGCCUUCAGCUGAAAACACUUCGACGAAAGACGACUUAGCAUCGUCUGCUGAAGCAACCAGCUCGGACAUCAAAAACCAGCACGACUCCGAGGCUAACGCUACUACCCAACCAGAGGAGAAAAACCCAGAAGAAGACGUCGACCCAGCCACAGUCUCUUCAGCAAAAGUGGCCGAUGCAACCCUAACCGCCGAGUAA